GCGUUCCACAAUCCCCGGAAAUGCGGAGGUGGGCGGGGUGAUUAGAUGCUGGUACCGGUGCUCCAGGUCCUGAUGAAUGUACUGUACGGGUACAGUACAGUAAUACUGACCGUACCUGGUAUCGGUCCCAGCUGAGGCUGUUACCUGUACGAGUACUAUGAGAGUAGAUUUGAUGAAGGACGGACAGAUACUAACCAAUCCCUUCGUUCGAUUCCGAAUUUCAAAGCUUCUAUUGCCAACGCACAAACUAUUGGCAAAAAAGGAUCGCGUAUCGGCGGUGGUGGGGGAGAGAAGAGUACCGGUACAGUAUCAACAAGUCGGGGUCAUACAGUACGAGUACAAAAGGAGGGCAUGAUCAAUGCUGCACUACGACCAGGAUUAUGGUGUUGUUUGGUUACAGCAAAGUUCCGAAUUCAACAACUGAUCUAAAGUUACCCUCAACAGUCACGAUACUCUUCGAGUAUACCACAAAUCAAGUUCCCACAUACAGUACUCAGAGGGCAAGAUCACUUUCGCUAGCCAGCUGCUAGGACAAAGAUUGGGUGCGAGAGUGGGACACAAACCAAGACAACACUUCGGCAGGGUACCGGUAUAGAUCCUCCGCUUUCGACCUCUUCCUUUCAUACCGGCAUGAUACAAGCACUGUCAUCUAUAGGCAGCACCUCGCCCAAGCACCUACCCCAUCUCACAGCUUCCAAUCCAAAUUCCCGAAACAAAUCAACACGGUUACACAGUUAGGAGAAGGAAAACAUCACAUCCUACCCGUGUGGCGGAUACCAUGGACCUUCUUGCUCCCAUCCGAAUCUCAACCCUUCCCCCCUCUUCCCAACAAAACGAUACCCCCCUUCUCACUGCUGUUCCCAAGCCGACUGGUUCCCCUGAAGCCCCUACCACCCCAGCAUCCAUCUCUCGAUCCAUAUCCGAUCUGGAUGAUAUCCUUUCUAUUCUCCGCUCGAGGCCCUCUCCUGAGCUUCUUUUCCGAAUUCUUGACCUGCUAACCACGGAUGCUCAGCCUCACUCCUCAUAUGACAUUCGUACUCCUACACCGAAGGCCUCGCAAGUUGUCAACACACUGCUAGAAAUUACCGUGCCCAACUUCUGGAACCUCCUUCCGAAAAGGGAGAGAAAGCAGCUAGCGGAAUGCCUUAGAUCGAUUACGGGACUUGGGGGAAUUGUUUCUAGGCUUCGGUUUUUGUCUAAGGGCAAGGGAGAUACACCAAGUGAGAGCUCUUUCAACGUACAAAUGGAAGAGCUUUUUGAUCUUCUACACUCAGUUUUAAGAGUCGAAGGCUUUAUUCAUCAAAUCUGGGAGUGGGGAAGUCACGGUUCGGCGGGUUCAAAACGAAUAGUGGCUUGGAAAGAAUUUACUUCGUUAAUAGCUGGCGGGAAGCUCCUAUCCGUCGCUGCAGAGGCCGAUAGGCUUCUAGACACAGACAAUGAAGGGGCGGGGAGAUGGAUAGGGAACGAAUCUUUAUUUACAUCCUGGCUUGGUCAGGAGAUUGCUUGGGCUAGCCUUAAAGCUGACAUUACAAACGAAGCCGAGUGGAAGGCUCUAGAUUCAGUGAUUGUGAGGGCACUUAGUUUGGGACAUCGUGAUGAAUUCGUGGAAAACCUUAGUUACCCUCAUAUUCGCCCCGAAGGUGGACUAGAGAAACUACACAAAUUGAUAUUUCCUCUUCCGGCGCAUAACAAGCAUACAUAUUUGGCCUCUCUACUACGUAAAUUAUCUUUGAAGCACCUUUCUAUAUCGCCAGAGAUGUAUCACGAGAGUGGAUGGUGGAAAGAGGAUGCUGCCAAGGUAUCAUCCAUUGCGGGCCUCAUAGGCUCUCUAGUGGAUGGCGAUGAUGAUCUUCGAGCUUUAGUAGUGGAAUGGUUGGUCGGUAGUCAAGGCGGUGGAAUCGGGGAGCCUAUAGGAAUCCGGAGAGCCCUCAUCGCCAUUCUAGCGAAGGAUGCUAUAACUCUCAAAGGGUUGUUUGAAAAAAGUCUGCAGCAUUUUUCAAAUCAGCUAUGGAUCAAACACGCGCCCAUAUUACAGCAAGAAGUGAACACUCAGGUACUCCUUCUCUGUGCCGGAUAUGUCCAUCGCCAGAUGCCUGCGUUCAUGACCCGUAUGGCACGUUCUUCAACGUUCUUAAAUGGGAUAUCUAAUCGGAUUGGAGCUACGUCCGAACGAGCCCGAUUCCUUGGAAUGGUUGUCGGGGAGUCUUUCUCUGGUCUCGUCGAUAAGGAAGGGAGCAAGAUGAACUUCGGAGUCCAUGAAACUUCUACAGAAGAGGCUAAAUGGUGGAAGGGCAUUCCUAGUAUAGAAGACACAGUCGGGUCUGCAUCGGGUCUACUGACCCCUCCAGGAUUAAUCGUCAGCAAGAAAAGGCACCCAACCAUCCAGCCAAAGGCAAGGAUGACUUCGGUGAUCCAAGUAAUUGAAGAGGUAAAAGAGGGUGGCCAGGAGGAAGAAGACGACGACGACUUGGUGCCCUACGCAAAGCCAGAUUCUGAUCCAGAGGACUCGGAAGAGGAUGCAGCAGAUGUUGUCAGAAAACGGGACACCCCACCAGUCUACAUCCGAGAUCUCCUAUCUAUGCUUCGCGAUACAGAAUCCUACGACCGUCAACAACUAUCUCUAGGAUCAGCUGCCUCCCUCAUCCGGCGGAAAGCGGCUUUUGGAAAAGAACUCACAGAUCAUGCCCUCGAGCUCACCUCACACCUCGCGGGGAUGCACGACAAAUACGACAUGGACAACUUUCAAGAGAUGCGUAUGCAAGCUCUAAUUGCAUUGGUUGUCUCUCUCCCAACAAUCGCGGGGCCACUGCUAGCAAAGCUGUUCUUCGAAGGGGAUUACUCUAUGGGACAACGCGCCGGUAUUUUAUCUGCAAUCGGAAUUGGUGCAAGGGAGCUGGCUGGAUUUAAAGAUGAUGACCUCCCACUCAGCAUCGAGUCAGCUAAGGGAAAGAGCAGCACAGAUCUAUUCCCUUCCAAGCGCCUUCCCGCCAAGGGAGACGCCAUAUGGAGCAAGGCUAAGCCCAGAACUCCAUUAGAAAGAAUAACAAGCACUCUGGAACGGCUCAUGAUCCAGCCUAUGGCAGCAGAAGCAUCAGAUAAAGCUGCAGGGCCGAAUGUCAUCAAAGUGCGUGUAUUCUCUAGUAGAAUUGAGGUGGAAAAGAAGCGUGCAAAACCUACGGAGAACAAACUCAGCAAAGUAGUUGCUGAGGCUUUCUUUUUCCCAUUGACGGGGAGAUGGUGGGCGGCAUUGAAAGACUACUCCGGCCGCGGCAUCCACUUUACCCCUUUCCUCCUAACAAGCUUUCUCAAAACUCUCGGCAUAAUCCUCCACGCAACCGGUCCUUCCGCACCCGCACUUCCGCAAAUGACCAGAGAGAUCUGGGAGGUCACAUUCAGCCUCCGCCACACUGAUGAGGAAACCGUGCUAGAAGGACUGCUGUUCACAUUGCUGACGAUGCUGGAGUUGAACUCCGAGGACGGAGUAGGGCUCGCGAGGGAUCAUCCCAAGGAGCUAGUUGAGACGCAGGAAUGGCUCGGUGGGAUUGUUAUUGCUGGAAGGGGCGGGAGCAAGGUUCUGGGUCUGGCUUCCGGUGCACUACUAAGGGUCGAUGCUAUUAUCAAAGAGUUCCAGAGGAGGGUUAUGGGAGAGAUUGUCAGGGACGGGUGAAGUCGUGGAGAGUCACUCGUGAAAGGGAAAAUUUGUCGUUGGGAGAGAUAAGUCGGUCGUUUGGCUUCCUGGG